AAUACAUCAACUUAGUUAUCUAUAUUACCAAUAAAAGAUGUUGAGAUCUGUCCGUGCUCCAACCACCCGUAAGAACGUGGCCGCCUUUGUCCGUCAAUACUCCUCCCACAAGGAAUUGAAGUUUGGCGUUGAAGGUAGAGCCGCCCUCCUCAAGGGUGUCAACACUUUAGCUGACGCUGUUUCUGUCACCCUUGGUCCAAAGGGUCGUAAUGUUUUGAUCGAACAACAGUUCGGUUCUCCAAAGAUCACCAAGGAUGGGGUCACCGUGGCCAAGUCCAUUACCUUGGAAAACAAGUUUGAAGACAUGGGUGCCAAGUUAUUGCAAGAAGUUGCCUCCAAGACUAACGAACUGGCUGGUGAUGGUACCACUUCUGCCACUGUUUUGGGUCGUAGUAUUUUCACCGAGUCUGUCAAGAACGUCGCCGCCGGCUGCAACCCAAUGGACUUGAGAAGAGGUUCCCAAGCUGCCGUUGAAGCCGUUGUCAACUUUUUACAACAAAACAAGAAGGAAAUCACCACCUCUGAAGAGAUUGCCCAGGUGGCCACUAUCUCCGCCAACGGUGACACCCACAUCGGACAAUUGCUUGCCCUGGCCAUGGCCAAGGUCGGUAAGGAAGGUGUUAUCACUGUCAAGGAAGGUAAGACCUUGGAAGACGAAUUGGAAGUCACUGAAGGUAUGAGAUUCGACCGUGGUUUCAUUUCUCCUUACUUUAUCACCAACACCAAGUCUGGUAAGGUUGAAUUUGAAAACCCACUCAUUCUUUUGUCUGAAAAGAAGAUUUCCUCCAUUCAAGACAUUUUGCCAUCUUUGGAACUUUCCAACCAACAAAGAAGACCAUUGUUGAUUUUGGCUGAAGACAUUGACGGUGAAGCCUUGGCUGCCUGUAUCUUAAACAAGUUGCGUGGUCAAGUCCAAGUCUGUUGUGUUAAGGCUCCAGGUUUCGGUGACAACCGUAAGAACAUUUUGGGAGACAUUGCCAUUUUAUCUGGUGGUACCGUUUUCACUGAAGAAUUGGACUUGAAGCCAGAAAACGCCACUGUUGAACUCUUGGGUUCUUGUGGAUCCAUCACCAUCACUAAGGAAGACACUGUUGUCCUCAACGGUGAAGGUUCCAAGGAAAACAUUCAACAAAGAAUCGAACAAAUUAGACAAUCUGUUGAAGACAAGCAAACUUCUGAAUACGAAAAGGAAAAGUUGCAAGAAAGAUUGGCCAAGUUGUCUGGUGGUGUUGCUGUCAUCAGAGUCGGUGGUACUUCCGAAGUUGAAGUUGGUGAAAAGAAGGACCGUUACGACGAUGCCUUGAACGCCACUAGAGCCGCUGUCCAAGAAGGUAUCUUACCAGGUGGUGGUACUGCUCUUAUCAAGGCUUCCAGAAUUUUGGACGAAGUCAAGGCCACUGCUGCCAACUUCGACCAAAAGCUCGGGGUUGACAUCAUCAAGUCUGCUAUCACCAAGCCAGCCAGAAGAAUCAUUGAAAACGCCGGUGAAGAAGGUGCUGUUAUUGUCGGUAAGAUCUACGACAACGCCGAAUUCAACCACGGUUACGACUCCUCCAAGGGUGAAUUCACCGACAUGAUUGCUGCCGGUAUCAUUGAUCCAUUCAAGGUUGUAAAGAAUGGUUUGGUUGACGCCAGUGGUGUUGCCUCUUUGUUGGCCACCACCGAAUGUGCCAUUGUUGAUGCUCCACAACCAAAGGGUGCUGCUCCAGCUGCUCCAGCCGGCGGUAUGGGUGGUAUGCCAGGAAUGGGUUUCUAGAGAAAGAACCAACCCGUUUCUUUAUUUAAAUAGGAUAUAUAAUGAGAGAAGCCUCCCAAAUGUAUAUAGUCAAGAGGAUUUCUAUUACAAAGAUC